GGAUGCGGGAGGCGUGCACACAGCCGGGAGGAAGGAUCGGUUUUUGGGCUCCGCCACCCUCUCGAGAAACCGGUGACAGCGGCCGCGAGCGCGCAGAGUGAGGCGGCGAGGCCCUCGUGCAGUCCUCUGGGGCUCGAAGCGCGGAGGUGCGCCGAGCAGGAGCGAGGAACAAAGGAGCGGCGUGGGGAAGGGGGUGAGUUGGGCGAGGGAGAGUCCCCGGCCGGCAGCCAGAAGAUCCCGGCAGGAGAAAGCCCAAGUGUCACUUGAAUUCCACCCAAGAAGCGGGCGCCCGGGAUCCGAGCGCUUAGUUCAGCAGUAGCUACUGGAGUUGGUCCUACAAGUUACCGGAGACUCCGCUGGGAAGGAGACAUCCGCUUGCCCCCUGCGCCCCCGCUCCUGGCCCCCGCGAGACCCCAGUAGUGUUUUGCGCUGGAAGGAGAACUCCAGAAUGAAAAGUAAGAAAGGUGUUGUUACAGCGUCCGGCAGUGAGACUGAGGAUGACGACAGCAUGGACAUCCCCUUGGACCUUUCCUCUUCUGGCUCAGGCAAGAGAAGGCGAAGAGGCAACCUGCCGAAGGAAUCUGUACAGAUUCUCCGUGAUUGGCUGUAUGAGCACCGAUACAAUGCGUAUCCUUCAGAGCAAGAAAAAGCAUUACUGUCCCAACAAACACACCUAUCUACACUACAGGUCUGUAACUGGUUCAUCAACGCCCGCCGCAGGCUCCUCCCUGACAUGCUAAGAAAGGAUGGCAAAGAUCCAAAUCAGUUCACAAUUUCUCGUCGUGGGGCCAAGAUUUCUGAAGCAAGCUCUGUGGAGUCAGCGAUGGGCAUCAAAAACUUCAUGCCAACUCUAGAGGAGAGCCCAUUUCAUUCCUGUACAGCUGGACCAAACCCAGCCCUAGGAAGGCCACCCUCCCCUAAGCCAUCAUCUCCAGGAUCAAUUCUGGCUCGUCCAUCAGUAAUCUGUCAUACCACUGUGACUGCAUUGAAAGAUGUGCCUUUCUCUCUCUGUCAGCCUGUUGGAGUGGGACAAAACACAGAUAUACAGCAGAUAGCAGCCAGCAACUUUAUAGACACCUCCCUUGUGUACCCAGAGGACACCUGUAAAUCUGGACCAAGUACAAAUACACAAAGUGGUCUUUUCAACACUCCUCCCCCUACUCCACCGGACCUCAACCAGGAUUUUAGUGGAUUUCAACUUCUAGUGGAUGUUGCACUCAAACGCGCUGCAGAGAUGGAGCUUCAGGCCAAACUCACAGUGUGACCCUUUUCAAGCAAAACGGUUCUCACAAAUGUUAUGAUUGCCGGGGUGAUGGCAAGAGAUUAAUUGCAUUAUUUUAUAUAUUUUUUUAUUAAUAUUUGCACAUGGGAUUGCUAAAAUGAAGCUUCCUGUUACUGAGAUGUCUUCAGUGGAAUACAGUCAUUCCAACAACUAUAAACUAAAGCUACUGUAGAAACAAAGUUUUUUUUUACUGUUUCUUGGUAGAUUAUUCAUAAUGUGAGAUGGUUCCCAAGAUCAUGUGAUUUUUUUUUUCUCCUCUUCCCCCCUUUUUUUUUGUUGGUGUUUUUUCAGACUGUGCAAUACUUAGAGAACCUAUAGCAUCUUCUCAUUCCCAUGUGGAACAGGAUGCCCACAUACUGUCUAAUAAAUUUUCAAUUUUUUUUCAAACAAGUAUGAAUCUAGUUGAUGCCUUUUUUCAUGACAUAAUAAAGUAUUUUCUUUAAAA